GGUCUCAUCCGUUAAUAGGGACUUCCCAACUCAAACCGUGGGUUUCCUUUUCAGCAAUGUUCGAAUCUGGCACACCCACGUAUACACAUACAGACAGAGAGAAGAGAGUGAGUGAGUGGAUGUAUAGAGAGAGAGAUUUGGGGAGGCAUGAAACGAAUAGUCACCUACUUACACCACCUAUAUGUGUUUCUCAGUCCUCGCUCUCUUCAUCAUUAACGUCGAUCACUCCCUUUAACCUCCAACCAUUCUCAAGUCCUCCCAUCCCACGCUUUCUCUCUCCACCACUCCACCUUUCCGCUUCUGGGUAUCUUAAAAUGUCGGCUUUAGACAAACCCAUUACUGAUAUAGAAGCCGGUAGUGGCCGCCACCAUCGCCGACGCCGGAGGAGGCGGCAUUCCGUCGCAGGCAGCAGCGAGACCACAACCGACGGUAGCCUCUGCUUCUCCGACUCGGACGACGACCAGUCGUGGCACUCGCCGCUGUACUCGACGGCCGGUGGGUCAUACGACGAAUGUGGGUUCUCGGAGAUUGAGGGGAUUUCGGACCCUCACAGUCACAGAGUCUCUUCUGGGUCGGAUUGUUUGUCGGACGGUGUUGACUUGGAGAGUGGUGAUUUGGCGUUGAGAGUGCAUUCGGCUAAAGAAGAGAGAAAUUGUAGAAUCUGUCAUCUGAACUUGGAGGGUGGGAACAGUGGCAGUCAAGAGCUUGGGGUUGCUAUGGAACUGGGUUGUUCUUGUAAGGAUGAUUUGGGGGCUGCUCACAAGCAAUGUGCAGAGACCUGGUUCAAGAUUAAGGGGAACACAACCUGUGAGAUCUGUGGUGCCACUGCACUCAAUAUUGCUGGUGAGCAGACAAACGAGGCAAACAAUACUGGUGCAACAGCCGUUCCCACAGCACCAGUGAUCAGUGGUGAGACCAGGAGCUUCUGGCAUGGUCGCCGCAUCAUGAAUUUCCUGCUUGCUUGCAUGGUCUUUGCCUUCAUCAUCUCUUGGCUCUUUCACUUCAAUGUACUCUCCUGAAUCCAAAAGCAAAACCGUCUUGAAUUUUUCCUUGGUUCGAUGCAUUUUUUUUUUUGUUUUUGUUUUUGUUUUUUUUUUUUUUCUCCUUGAAGGCUUGACAUGGGGGAUAAGGUGCAAACCCCAUUUUGUUGGUGCCCAUGAUUGUUGUUUGUUGUCUUAAUUAUAGAAGUAUCCCUGGGCCAUUGUAGUGCAUCAUGUUACAUAAUCGUUGGCUUCGCUUUAAUAGGAUUGUUUUGGAAUAUAAAAAGAAUCUAUGAGACAUCGUAGUGAAUGAAGCAUGAUAUGUUGUACAAUUGUUGGCUUCUCUAUAAGAGUGUAAAUAUUAGCUUUUCUUUUGCUCUU